GGCUUCCAGUGCGGGAAGUAAAAGCACUUCCUCCUUCCUAUCACAGCUGUAGUAGAGAAAUCAGCCAGUCUAACAGGAGCGCUGACAUUCUUGGCAAUGGGGACCCUGAAGGUCGUCCGCCGCUGUUUCUGCUCACUUCCCUGCGCGUCUUAACGGUAACGGCCGAUGUCACCGGGUUCAACCAGGAAAACUGAUCAGUUUUUGUGACUAAAAGCGGUCGGAAGUCAGGUCUUGGUAGCACAAUGGCUGCGACGUAGCGCAACUUUUUUUUCCUUUUUUUUUGGUGGAUGAUCGACAGCGUUCGUUGGUGCCGCAAACUUUUUACGGACUUGUAGGAAGAAGCUCACGAGACUUGCAACAUGAAGAAGCAGUUUAAUCGUAUGAAGCAACUUGCCAACCAGACUGUUGGAAGGGCUGAAAAAACUGAGGUCCUGAGCGAUGACCUCCUGCAGAUCGAGAGGCGGCUGGAGCUGGUUCGUUUGGUGUCUCACAACACGCACAAGAGGCUGGUGUCCUGUCUGCAAGGUCAGCUGGGCACAGACACAGAGAAGAGACAUAAAAAGCUGCCCUUGACCGGGCUGUCCCAGACCAUGCAGGAGGGCGGCAGUCAGCUUGGAGAAGAGGGUUUGAUUGGCAAGAUGAUGGAUGUGUGUGGCGAAGCCGAGGGCAAGUUGGCUUUUGAGCUGCUGCAGCAUGAAAUGCAGAUGGAGAAAGACAUUCUGGAUCCUCUCAACCAGCUGGCAGAGGUAGAGAUUCCCAACAUACUGAAACAGAGAAAGCAGCUUGCUAAGCUGGUUCUCGAUUAUGACUCUGCUAAAACACGGUGGUUACAGGCGACCAAGUCCACCAAUCCAGCCAUGGCAGCUAAAGUUGACUCGCUCAAAGACGAGAUGGAUGAGGCACUCAAUAAAGUAGAAAUAUGCAAGGACCAGCUCUCUGCAGACUUGUACAACUUUGCUUCUAAAGAGGGAGACUAUGCACGCUAUUAUGUGAUGUUAUUAGAGACCCAGGCAGAGUACCACAGGAGGUCUCUGGCAGCUCUGGAAGUAGUUAUACCCACCAUCCAGACACAGCAAGACUCCUGGAUAGAGAAGCCGGCAUUUGGCACGGCGCUGGAGGAGCAUCUGAAAAGGACCAACCGUGAGAUCGCUCUGCCGAUUGAGGCCUGCGUCAUGAUGCUGCUUGAGACCGGCAUGAAGGAGGAGGGUCUAUUUAGAAUUGCUGCUGGAGCUUCAAAAUUGAAAAAGUUGAAAGCAGCGCUGGACUGCUCCACCUCACAGCUCGAGGGCUUCUACUCUGAUCCCCAUGCCGUGGCUGGAGCUCUCAAGUCCUACCUCAGGGAACUUCCUGAACCUCUAAUGACAUUUAGCCUUUAUGAUGAGUGGAUACAGGCCUCCAAUACCUUAGACUCUGACAAAAGACUUCAGGCCUUGUGGGUGACAUGUGACCAUUUGCCAAAGGCCCACAAAGCCAACUUCAGGUAUCUGGUGAAGUUCUUGGCUAAACUGGCUCAGGACAGUGAUGUUAAUAAAAUGACUCCCAGCAACAUCGCUAUAGUCCUGGGGCCUAACCUGCUGUGGUCGAAGACCGAAGGGACGCUGGCAGAGAUGGCAGCAGCUACAUCUGUGCAUGUACUUGCCAUCAUUGAGCCUAUUAUCCAACACGCUGACUGGUUCUUCCCUGAAGAGGUGGACUUCAACGUGUCAGGCAUGUUCUCCUUGCCCAGCCAUCCACCCACCCCGGACCCCGAACCUAUCCUGGACAGGAAACGCCCCGGCAGCAUGGGGCAGGACGGGGACAGUCACACCCCUCGUAAAGACAGCCCUGUUAACAAACAGCCGGAGCCCGCUCCUCGCAGAACCAGCGUCUUAAAUAGAAAGCAGUCACCACUAACCUCACCCACCUUCCAACCCCCAUUACCCCCUCUGGAAGCCGGGACUCCUACACAGCUCGAACCCCAUCCUCCUCCUCCUCCUUCAGAGGCUGAGCAGCCUGGCUUGAGUGUUGCUGGCAGUGGUGGUGGUGGUGGUGGUGGUCUGGUUGGUGGGGUCCAGGUAGCCACAGUGCAACAUCAGGUUGUAACCCAGCUCAGCACAGAGGAGAGCAGCCCGGCCCGUGAGCACAUGUCCACCCUGCCUCCGCAGAGGAAUGGUUCAGCGGGCCAUCUCGCUGUAGGAACCCCACACCCUCAGGGAAGCUCCAAAGGGCCUAGUCCACACAUGGUCCGCAGAGGCACCAAGAAGCAAGCCCCAGCCCCACCCAAACAGGCCAGCCCGUUCGCCUCUCAGCUCAGUAACACCCAAGCACCCGGUUCCCCGCAGCACCCACCCAUCACGCCCCGUCGUGUCCACAGCAAAGAUGCCCUAAUCCAAGCUCCGAGCCAUCCACCCCCACAGCCGCCUACACCCCAACAAGCCCAGGGAGAGUCAGAGCACUCUCCCCCUAGCAGUCCCACCCCUCCUGACACUCCGCCGCUCUUCCACUCCGGAUCUCUCCCUCGACCCUCGAGGCCAGCUCCAAAACCGAAACCCCGUCCCAGCAUGCCACCGCCUCCGCAACCGGCAGCAAAUGACAGCGGCAAUGACAUGUUCAACUCGGCCUCAAAGAUCAUAACAGAAGGAGGCCUGGUUCUAAAGGGGAUUGGAAGAGCCAUCAUUCCUGAGGUGAUUGAGGACGAAGAAGGGGAAAGCUCUGCUGGUCAAGAGCCUGCCACCGCCACUACUACCACUAACACCCCCCCAGCCCUGAACCCAGACCCCAGCAUCCAGACAGAGAGCACCGCUUUUUAAAGUCUGGGCUUGACUGUUUAUGAUCAAACAUAAGACGGGGUAACUCAAAAUGAAAUCACUCCGGCUCUUCAAGUACCGCUCACAUGAUGUCAGAGUGUCGCUGGAAACGAAUGGCUGCCUUUUCCUCUGCUAUACUGACUCACACCAGAAACCUCAUCUUAAGUUAGUCGUUCAGACCACAAGGGCCCUGUCCAGCUAUCACUUUCCACAUUAGACUGCACAUUAAACGGUUUGCUCCACAUACUGCUUGGGUAUUCUCUGAUUGGACUGCAGGGCCUUGUGAGGAACAAGGCUAGCGGGGCUUUAACAUAAAACCUCAGCAAUAUCGCAGCUGAAUAUCGCAGCUGGCUUCAGAAUGCUGGUAAAGUUGAUCUUUUUAUUUUUUUAAAACUAUUACUAUUAAAUCUUCAAUUAUGCAAAUACUUCUUUAAAAUGUGAAUCUGGUUUUACCACAUAAACCCAAAUAAAGAGAAAUUUUCAGUGAGUAAAUAAUUCCCUCAUGUCCACAGCAAUACUAUGAAGGACCAAAGGAAAUGACUGUUAGUCAAAGCAAACUGAGUUCAAAUGUUGAGCCAUUGUUAUGGUUGCUAAUGACCAAAUAUUUUAGUGUGAGUGCAAUAUAACAGUUUCUCUUCCACUGCUGUCCCAUCCCAGCGUGCACACACUGCCAUUUAUUAGUUAUUCAGGGCAGUUUUCAGUUUGAAUUUUCUUUGAUUUCCAUGGACCUGAUUCACAAAGCUGACAAAAAUAUAACUGAUUUUUUUUUUCUCCUGCUAAAUGUAACUGAUAAUUUUUCUAUCACACUCAAAAGCUAUGACCAAACUCCAGCAUGUGAUUAAAAUUUGUAGAAUUUUUUUUUUACUAUGGCUCAUUAGCUUUGCCUUAUUUUCAGCUUUUUUUUUUCUUUUCUUGUUUUGGUUGUUUAAGCAUUUUUAUGGUGGUUCUUCUGCACAAAAUGCACUGCGCAAUGCGUUUUUGAUCUAAAUAAAGAUUGUUCAACAGUU